CGGACUCGCUCUCGCUCCACCUGGCGGGAGACCAGGCCUGUGUGCGGAGGGACUGGUCCCGGCAGCAUGGUGUCGGCCAUGGCCCCCCGCCUCGUCGUGUCGCUGCUGCUGCUCGUGAGGGUCCUUCCCGCCGUGGCCCACUCCGUGCCCGUGCAGGUGUCCUUCCUGGAGGACAUGGGGGGCAGCGGGGAGGCUGAUGACUCCUCAGCCUCCUCCCCGAGCCUCCCGCCGCCCCGGACCCCGGCCCUCAGCGCCACGUCGGUGGGGCCCCAGCCCACGCCCCUGGCGGGCCCCAGGCCCCCCACCAACUUCCUGGACGGCAUCGUGGACUUCUUCCGCGAGUACGUGCUGCUCAUCGCCGUGGUGGGCUCGCUGGUCCUCCUGGUCAUGUUCACCGUCUGCGCCGCCGUCAUCACCCGCCAGAAGCACAAGGCCUCCGCCUACUACCCCUCGUCUUUCCCCAAGAAGAAGUACGUGGACCAGAGGGACCGGGCCGGGGGCCCCCAGGCCUUCAGCGAGGUCCCCGACAGGGCCCCCGACGGCCGGCCCGAGGAGGCCCUGGACUCCUCCCAGCAGCUCCAGGCCGACAUCCUCGCCGCCACCCAGAACCUCCGGUCUCCCACCAGGGCGGCCCUGAGCGGCGGAGAUGGAGCCAGGAUGACGGAGGGCAAGUCGGAGGAAGAGCAGACAGGCGGCCAGGAGGAGGACCGGGACGCCCCGGGGCGUGGGGUCCCCUCGGAGAAGCCAGGGGUGACGGAGGAGCCAUGCUCAGGGCUGCCAGAGGGGGUCCUGGGGGCCCGAGAAGGCCCAGGGGAGCCAGAAGCGACUCCCUCGUUAGCCCAGGAAGCCGGGGACCCAGCUGGCCCCCCCCAAAGCCCCUGUGCUUGUGGCAGUGUCACCCCUAGCGUCUAACAGGCCCCCGGGGCUGUGGCCCUGACUGUCGGACCCCUCGUGGUCCCCUCCUGGGCCACCCCCAGCUGCAGAUCCCAGCGCGUCCCCUCCCACAGCGAACAGAUCCUGGUGUCCGCUCCCCCCGGGAAUCUCACCACGUUCUAGGCCGUUUGCCUCUGCAGCCCCAGAGGGCUACAUCCCGGCGGGGCUGGGGCUGUGUCCCCCUUACAACCACGUCGCUUAGGAAGCACCCUUGGCGGGUCCCCUGUGACCGGGCCAACAUCACCAUCGAGGGUAGAAACGUAAACCGACCAGCUAGGAGUUUGGGGAGACUGUAACCGGGAGACAAGGAAGUGGCCGGGGCGCGGGUGCGGUUAGUGCUGCGGCAGAAGUGGGCCUCUCACCUGCUCACCUCAUGGCAGGUACGAAAAAUGAGCAUUUCCCAAACUGGGUUCCCUGCGGUACCCUGACAGGUACGGAAAAAAAUGAGCAUUUCCCAAACUGGGUUCCCUGCGGUACCCUGACAGGUACGGAAAAAAAUGAGCAUUUCCCAAACUGGGUUCCCUGGGGUACCCUGUGGAAAAAAGAUGUUGGCGUCCAAUGAAUUGAGGAAACGCUGCCUCUCGACUCCCAGCACCCCCUUCGACCACCCCAGGGCUCCAAGUCCUGCAGUCAAGGCCCCGUGGAACCUGGUUUCUGGUUUCACAGCCUUUCCCAAACUGCUUUUGACCAGGGAGUACUUUCAUUAUUAUUAUUAUUAUUAUUGUUAUUGUUAUUAUUUAGCAGCUACAGUGGAAACUGCUCCAGGGCGCACUCUGGAAAUGACUGCUCUCAGUGUUCCGGAAGGCGUCCCGCAGCGUCUGGUUGGCCUGGGUGUGGGAUGUGGGGGCUCAGCCCGCUGCUGCCGUGGGGAUCGGGGGUGAGGAUGAGGUGAAUGAACUAAACCUUUUUGUCAGCCUCCCAAAGCAGCCUCGAAGCCCGGGGCUCUAAGUGAGGAGACCUCACUCUGGGGGGGGCGGGGAGGGUCUCUGACGCCUGGCCUGGAGCAGGGCACCCAGUCCUCCCUCCCCGGCACCCCUCGCCCGUCCCCCCCGGCCCCCCCGCCUCUGCUCACACUCGGUGUCCGGCAGCCUGUGUCCACAGCCUGCUUUAGUCUUCGACCAGGGAGCCUGAGCUCCGUCCUGAUUUGAUAUGGGGAGGCUCUGGGGGGGUCCUCUUCCUCAUUCCUCCAUCUGGGGUCCCCCCCCCACCCAACCUCUGCACAACUUUCCAGGUGCUGAGCUAUAGCAAACCAGCACAAUAAACUUUACU